AUGGAUAGCUCACCAGAGCCACCUCGUCCGUCGAAGCGCAUGAAAUACGAGCAACAUGACGACGAUACGAUUCAAAUGGCUAUGCCUGGAACCGAUAUCAAGGUUCCUCCUGAAAGCAUCAAUGGGUCCUUAGUUGCUGAUGUGCCCUAUUUCGAUAACCCAUGGCCUUCGACGACGACCUUGUCGUCUCCUUCUCAGGUAUUCUUCAACUUUUCUGAAGACAUUGACACCUCUUGGACCCCUAAUUUUACAGCACCCCAGCCUGCGACGUUGAACCUCCACGCAGACACGACGCUUCAACCUGAACUGCAGCGUCCUCAGAUACAAGACCUGCCUCGACUCUUGCCUGCGGUACCAAACGCCACUCCAGAUAAAGAUGUAGAAUGCGAUGAUUUAAAGAAGGGCGAGGCACAUUUUGUCAGUCCUUUCGCCUCAAAGGAACGCUUGACUGUAUCCGCCUUGCCUCGCUUUGCUCGCCCUCAUAAUGGGCAGGUGAACGGUUAUGUCAAGUUUAACUGGCCAACGAAACAGGACUCAAGCCAACCGCCUGAUCCUACACCGUUACAACCAGACAAUGAUGUUGAGGAUAUAACGCCACACAUAUCGCGAUCGCGUCCAGACAACCAAAACUCUGGCAUAGUAUACUUGGAUAUGUCUGCGCCCACGACAUCUCGAACUCAAAGCAGAAGGGCAUCAUCCGUCACCAUUGAGUUGGUAUUGGGAGGCGGUACUCCAUCGCAGGCAAUGAUGGUGAAUCCGUCACCUUCACCUCAAGAAGUAUUUACACGAGCCCCGCGAAAGGUUCCAAAGAUGUUCGGCCAUGAGGCCGCCAUGGCCGACAUGGAUUAUAUCGAUAGGCGAUUAUUCGACUUCUACAUCAAAAACUGGUGCCCAGGAAGGAGUGUACUCGAAAACACAAAUCUUUGGCUCAAGGACUUGGCUCCAAUGGGUAGAAACAAAGGCAUAUUGCAUGCUAUUCAAAGCCUUGCCGGAGUCUACAUCUAUGACUAUUUGCCAGAUGAGCGUAUUCGAAAACGAAUUAACGAACGAUAUACCAUGGCGAAUGAAUACUUUGCUGAACUUCUUAACGCACCUGAAAGCAGAACACGGGGGGAGGGGCGAGAAGUCAUCACCAUGGCCGUCCUACUUUCUAUGCAAGACGUUAUCCUCACCGAACGACGUCUGAAAAAGCCUAACAAGCCCCGAUGGCUAGAGGGUUUUAAGCAGGGUGAAUUUUUCCUUCAAGAAACGGAUCCUGGUCGUCGAUUCUGGAAUGAUCAGUCCGACACUGUCCAAUACGAUCCCCUUCGGAUAUCACAAUCAAUAAUCGUUGGUCGGGCAGUAAUUCUUGCUCAACCAAUGAUGGCACUCCCUGAACCCAAAACAAUGAACCCCGAGGUCGAAUCCACCAGGUUCAAAUGGCUUCUCUAUGGUACAGAAAAUGAUAUGUUCGAGAUCCAUGGCGGCUGCGGCUUUUCAAAGAAGCUAUUGCACACCAUGAGCCAAGUCACAUACUGCGCAGCGCGCUUGCAGCAAGAACCUGAGAGCGCCAUCGUCCCCAUUACGGCACGAUACUUGAUGCGGACUUUAACAGACAUGCGCCAAUGGAGUCGCGAGGGGAAAUCUUGGAAACAGUGCCUACAGCGUGCCCAGACGAUAACCUGGGUGCGUAUUAUCCCAGAGGAUGUUAUAGUAUCCUCAAAGGAGGACAUGACGGAUGUUACGGCCGAAGCAUGGAGAAUCGCGGCGAUAAUUUACCAUCAAUGCCGUCUUUUAAGACUACCACGAAACCAUCCGGACGUCCUUUCCAAUAUGGAAGAUCUCGCCAAGUGCAUUCGUAUAAUGCCAACAUCAGGGUCACACUUCACAGCUCAGGCGCCUUUGCUUCCAGUAUUCUUCUUGGGUUUGCUUGCUACUAAUCCUGCACACAAGGAGGUGUCAAGAGGCUGGUUCCAACAGGUCACAAACACGCCAGUUCGAAGUAGUGUCCCCCCAUUAUACGACGCGCUCAAAAGGAUCUGGGGAUGGAUCGACAACGAUGUAAACCUCCAGCUUGACCCGACUCCUGUUCCCGAAUCUCUCGGCCAGAGAUAUCCUUGGUGGGAACACCUCGUCAAGAGGGUUCUCGAAGAAGAAGACGAAACUUUGUGCCCAACCUGA